AUGAAUCUUCCAAUUUCGAUCGGAGAGGAAGAAGGAGGCUCAAUUUCAAAUCGAGAAUCAUCACUAUCCUCGGCAUCGUGGACAAACAAGAUGAUGAUGUCCAAGGAAAAUGUUGUUGUUGGUGGUGGAGGUGAUUUCAAGGAGAAUGAUGAUUGUACAAAUACGAAUAUUCCUAUUCAUAAUAAUAAUAACAUGUCAUCACGGAAUGAAUAUUUUCAAUCAUCGCUUGCCGAUGAUGAUGAGAAUAUGGGAUUGAAUUUGGGACGGCAUGUGGAGGAAGAUGUUGGUGGAGCUGGAUUUUAUAGAAAUAAUUAUUCUGAUGAUGAAGAUGACGGGAUGAACGUCAGUUUUUCAUUUGAAAAGGAAAAUAUUGGGAAUGGCCGUGACACUUUUGGCAGAGGAUUACCACGCAAAACCUCAUUCACAAUGAGUGACAAUGAUGAAGAUGAGGAUGAUGGAUACAAUAAUAUUUUCGUUGGAAAUAGUUCUGUAACAAGUCCAUCGCCGAGUACAUUAUCUUCAUCUCGACCAUAUGGACCUUUUCAACGAGAGGAUAAUGAGGUCAACCACUUCAAUCUGCCGCAAGAUAUUUACACUACCACUACUACUAGUACAACAUCUUCACUCGCGGCGGACCAUACAAAUUCUAUUCAGCUCGAAUCCAUCGAUCACAUAUUUGAAGAGCUUCAAGUGUCACCAAUCCAACCAAUAUCCAACAAUUUUUUACCCAAUCCCAUACAUCCAUUUGAAGUUAUAUUAUCACCAACACAUUCGGAGGAUAUUAAUUUUGAAGAUGGAUUUUCCAAACUUUCGAUUGACACGUCGUCAUUAGUUUUGGAACAACCGCUCGUCGAAUUGAAUACUACAAAUGACAGCAACGAAGGAAUGAUGAACGAGUCUACUAACAUUAGAGCCACAACUCCCGUCAUGCAAGAGAAUAACUAUGUGAAAAUGAAAUCGAAAAGAAAUAGCUCACAAAAGAAGAAAGUACGAUUCUCAGAUAACGACAUUUUAUUUCCAGUGACCAUUAUUCCUCCAUCACCAAGUGAUGAAGAUUCAAAGCAAACAUUGGAUUUCUUAACUUCCACCUCAUCCAAUACAUCAAGUAAUAAUACUUCCGAGAACAAUUUUUCAAAUACAACCCCAUCCUCAAUACAAGAAACAAAACAAUACCAAAACACCUCUCAACCACCUCCCCAAAUUCCCUUUCACGUCUAUAACAACAACUCUGAUACUUCUACAAAUGGUGAAGUAAUACCUAGCAAAUACAGUAAUGGCAAAAUUCAUGGAGUGGAAUUACUCUCUUCUCUGGGCAAUUCUUCACACAAUCAUGAUAACCUUGAUAACAAUGAAGAUGACGAAUUUAAAACACACGACGGAAAGAAAAGACUUUUUGGCUUAACUGGCUAUCAAUAUUUAGUGCUGGCCUCAGCUUGGCUUGGAUGGGCCUUUGACAUUUUUGAUGGAGUUUUAUUCAGUUAUGCAGCUCCAAUUUGUAUUCCUAAUUUAUUAGGUUUUGCAGACGAUCAACUGACGUCUACUAUUGCUAAAGAACAAACUGCAUUAUGGAGCAGUAUUUUGAGUAGCGUGUUGUUAUUUGGUUGGGGCUGUGGAGGCGUGUUUUUUGGAUGGUUAACAGAUAGAGUUGGACGAUCGAAAACAAUGAUGAUCACCAUUGUUGUAUAUAGUAUUGGCACAUUUUUAGCUGCUUUUUCUUUCCAUAUUAGUGUACUUGUUAUUUUACGAUUUAUUGCUAGUUUGGGUAUUGGAGGAGAGUGGUCAGCAGGAGCUGCUCUCAUCAGUGAAACAUUACCUAUUGAAAAACGAGUGAUAGGUGGUGUCAUUCUAUACACAGCUGCACCCAUUGGAAGUAUGGCCUCAUUUGCUGUGAAUUAUUUAAUUACUAGCGUGUUACUUCAAAGAACAGGAACAGCAGUGAAUGGGACUGUCACAAACUCUACCGUGCUCACCUUUGCUUCCUCCGACAUGAUUAUGAGCGAGGGUAUUAAUGCACCGGUCAUAACAGGAGGACCUAUUCCUGUGUGGCUUUCAUGGAGAAUACUUUUUGCAAUUGGUGUAAUUCCAACCAUUGUUGGAAUUUUCAUUCGUAUUUGCGUGAAAGAGCCAGACUCAUGGGUCGAACAACAACGAAGAGAGAAGGAGGAGCAAGAACAGCAAGAAAAUGCAACCACUAUUACUAUUGCCUCUGUGCACGAUGAUGAGCAAAAAUUAUCAAGUCCUAUUCGGUCGUAUGCAAAUUCAAUUCUUGCUAGCCCAUCAUCUGGACAUGACGAUUCACCAACUUUUUCAACCAAUUCGGAAGAUGACAUGAAAGAAAUUGAUCUUGGAACUCCAACGACAAACAGCAAUAAUGGAGAAAAACUUGUAUCUCUUUCAGUCACUCGAAGUGUGUCCGAUCUUUCAACGACAAGCUCACAACAACCACUCAAGAAAAAUCGAAAAGGAAAGUCCUAUUUAGAUUUGUUUGCAAAUGCAGAUUUGAGAAGAAGAACUAUUAGUUCCAUUUUAUUUGUGUGCCCUGCAUUAAUAUCGUGGUGGUGCAUCAGUACUUUCAUUCCAAUUUUGAGCACUUAUCUAGCAUCUAAUUACAAAGAUCCUGAUGAAAAGAAGUACUAUCAAGACUUGUACUCUGUGCUUGGAAAUAUGUUAUUUAAUUUUGGAGGAUUGAUUGGAACGUUAAUGGUGAUUCCUAUUGCUACCAAGUUUGGACGGUUGUGGGUCUAUAGAAUUUAUUUCUUUUUUGCAACAGUAUUUAUUGUUGUGGCAUUUGGAAUUCCUGACAUGUCUCCAGUUCUUCGAUUUUGUUUAAUGUUUCCCGUUGGAGUUUUUGUUUUUGGAGCCUUUGGCAGCUUUACAUUCUAUUUACCUGAAUUAUUUCCAAUGGAACUAAGAGGUAGAGGAUCAGGAUUUACUUAUAAUUGUGGACGAUUUGGUACAGCUAUUUUCCCAUUUUUGGUUGGAUUAAUUGUGUCACAGGGAGUGAAUCCCCUCAUUGUAUUAUCUUGUAUCUCAAUUGCUACGUUCUUUGGAUUUAUUGUUUCACUAGUACCAAGAUUUGCAGUAGAAACUAAGGAUGUUAUUAUUCACUAA